UGGCGGACUAGUAGUAGUCAUAACUGGAAGUUGUCCUGCAAUUUUCUUCCAGUUUUUUCUGUGUAGGACGCUUACGACGAUUUAAUUGUGGGAAUCAUUCAUAAAAUUUUAAUUUUUGAGUAUUUGUAGACCUCUUGAUCAUUUCAUUUUUGCAUUGGUUGGAGAUCUAACCGCAAUUAGAUUGAAUCUCCCGCGUGCCGAAGAUCAAUGUCUGAACAAAGUCAAACAUAAUCUUAACAAUCAUCGUUUAGAUUAUGUGUUAUUUAUCAUGUCUAUGAGCAGCGAUGAGGUCAACUUUCUAGUUUACAGAUAUCUUCAAGAAUCAGGAUUUCAGCAUUCUGCUUUUACUUUUGGAGUGGAAAGCCAUGUAGACCAAUCAAAUAUCAAUGGAUCCAUUGUCCCACCUGGUGCCCUUGUAUCAAUUAUCCAGAAAGGUGUACAGUAUGUGGAAGCUGAGGUGACGCUAAAUGAGGAUGGGACAAUACUUGAUGAUGGAAGUGAACUAGAUCAUGUCUCCCUUAUUGAUGCGGUUUUACCAGACAUAGUAGCCACAAGACAUACAUUAUUACAUAACCGAACAAUAAAACCAGAGAUUGGUAUAAAAUAUGAGGAUGGACAUUAUUCUCAUGUCAAUUCUGUGGGACACGGUGAGAUCAUGGACGUCGAUGGCACAGUUAAUGAUACAGGGAGCAACAAAGCAUUGAUCUUGAAAGGCCACGAACAUGAGGUGUUUGUGUGCUCAUGGAAUCCCACUCAGGAUAUACUUGCAUCUGGGUCUGGAGAUGGUACAGCAAGACUGUGGCCAAUGAAUGAGACGGGAGUGGCAACACCUGUCAUUUUACGACACCAAUUCAAAGAUUUAGAAAACCAUAAAAGUGCAACUAAGGAUAUAACCUCUCUGGAAUGGAAUAAUGAUGGAACUCUGCUAGCCACAGGUUCAUAUGAUGGACAAGCAAGGAUUUGGUCUCCAGAAGGAGAAUUGGUUAAAACACUAAGUGAUUUUAAAGGACCAAUAUUCUGCAUUAAAUGGAACAAGAAAGGAAACUAUUUACUCAGUGCUGGGGUAGAUAAGAGUACCAUUGUCUGGGACUCAAAUAACUGGGAAGUUAAACAGCAGUUUUCUUUCCAUCAAGCUCCCACACUGGACGUCGACUGGCAAAAAAACACAAGUUUUGCAUCUUGUUCAACUGAUAAAAUCAUACACGUCUGUAGAAUAGGAGUUGAAAAACCUGUGAAAUCAUUUCAAGGACACACUAGUGAAGUGAAUGCAAUAAAAUGGGAUCCAUCAGGGUCUUUAUUAGCAUCUUGUUCAGAUGAUCUAUCAGCAAAGAUAUGGAGCACAAAACAAGAUACCUGGAUGUUUGAUCUCCAAGGUCAUAAAAGAGAGAUAUAUACAGUAACAUGGAGUCCAACGGGACCAUCAACAGCGUUUCCUAAUGCACCUCUUCUCUUAGCAAGUGCUUCAUACGACACAACAGUCAAACUAUGGGAACUUGAGCGUGGCUCCUGUGUUCUGUCUCUCUCCAAGCAUCAAGAACCAGUGUACUCUCUGUCGUUUAGUCCUGAUGGCAGAUACAUUGCGUCAGGGUCUUUCGACAGAGCACUGAAUGUCUGGUCAACACAGACUGGCACUCUAGUUCAUAGUUACCAUGGUAACGGGGGCAUAUUCGAAGUGCAGUGGAGUCCAAGAGGAGACAAAGUAGCUGCAUGCUUUUCAGACAAUACGCUGUGCGUUUUGGACGUCAGAAAUCUUUAAUCUUUUUAACCACAAUCCUAUGUACAAAUGUUCCUGGGGAACUUCAAAAGAAACUUUCCAGCAUCCAGUCCACCGCAGAGACGUCCAAAUCAACAAAACUGGCAACUGCUAGAUAGCUGAAACUCGAAAAUCCAUCAAAUGCAUCAAGUUACAGAACCAAUGACCCAAAAAAUCAAUUUUGAUUUUCACUAUCGAAAGAUCGCUACUGUUUGCGUGAUAUAUAUUUUUUGUUUUUGUUUUUUUGUUUUUUUUUUUUCGAGAAAAUUCGAUUUUUUAAAACUUAAUUUUCAAGGGAUGAUACUUAUUUAUACUUUUGAGUGCUGGCUCCGUCCGGGGACAAAUACUCGAAGAGUUUGGCUGUUUUGUCCAAUAGGAAAAUAGCAAGAGCGUUCGGAAAGGAGUCGGUAACAUAUCGAUAUCGUGUGACAUUGUAAUGACCGACAACUUUUCCUGUCUCAAUUUUAAAAAUGGGAAUUUCUUCUGCCAUUUUUAUGUCAUAAGAACGCAUAUUUAUUAAUUUUGAUGAUGAAAAUUUUUUUAUUUGUUGGCAUACCACUUUUAUCGCUCCAAACUUCCCCAUAACCGUUACCAGUCUUCAGUCGUGGCCCCCUCGCGCGAAAGUGGACAAUUUCUCCCACGUCCCUCGUUUUCCAUGCCACACUCCAGAAGAAGACGUUUGGACCUCUAUAAAAGGAAAAUCUUUUGGUGCCCAAACAUUACCUUGGUUGUUAAGUGGUAAAUAUUUGUGUUUGUAUCUUGUAUCAUACCAUCAGACAUAUUUUCUUCCGAUGUAAUUAUGUUGAAGAAAUUCUAUCUAUAGGCUGUACUU